CAGGUGAGAGCGCAGCGUCGCCUCCUCGCGCUUUCAGAGACGCAGAGCGGCGGAGUAGCGGAGCGGAGCGGAGCCAUGGGAAAGCUGCAAGAAUUCGAUAUCACUUUUACCAACAACAAGGUGGUUUACGGUCCGGGAGAGUCUAUAAGCGGGACUGUGAAAAUACGAACCAGCAACUCGCUGCAGUACAAAGCCAUCAAAGUGAACUGUCAGGGCUCAUGUGGGAUCUCCAACAAAAUGAACGACACCUCAUGGAUUCUGGAGGAGCAGUACUUCAACAGCACGUUGUCUGUUGCUGAUAAAGGAACUCUGGUGGCGGGCGAACACAGUUUCCCUUUCCAGUUUCUCAUUCCAGUUGCUGCCCCAACUUCCUUUGAGGGACCAUUUGGGAAGAUUGCUUACCGUGUAAAGGCAGCCAUCGACACGCCCCGCUUCUCUAAGGACUACAAAGCCCAGAGGCCCUUCUACCUACUCAACCUGCUAAACCUCAAUGAGGUGCCUGACAUUGAACAUUCAAGUUAUGCUGUGACCACUAAGAAAUUCAGCUACCUCCUGGUGAAGACGGGGACCCUGAUGCUGAAAGCUCGCAGUGACCUGAGGGGUUAUAUCCCUGGUCAGGUCAUCAAGUUAGCUACUGAGAUCCACAACAAGUCUGGGAAGGACACGGGAUGUGUACUGGCCAGUCUCAUACAGAAAGUGACCUAUAAGACCAAGCGGCCUUUGUUCGACCUGCGGCCCAUUGCGGAGGUGGAGGGGGCCGGAGUGAAAGCAGGAAAACACGCAGAGUGGAGGGAACAGAUCAUUGUCCCUCCUCUUCCUCAGUCAGCACUAGCUGGCUGCAGCCUCAUUGACAUUGACUAUUUCAUUCAGGUGUCCCUAAAAUCUCCAGACGCCGUCGUCACUCUGCCCAUCUACAUUGGGAACAUUGCUGUGAACUUGUCUCCAUCGAGGCCCAUCCCUUCCAGUCCAGACCACUGCGCUGCAACCAUCGCACCCAGCGCUGCAGGGGUGACACCCAGUGCCCCACCGGCGGAGGAGGAGCCAGAGGAGGGGUUGUGUGCAGGGGCCAUGGCCAGCGAGGAGAUUCCGACCAAGAGUCACUCUCAGCAGGAUCCUUCAGGUCAGCCGGUCACCAUGUCCCCUAGCGCUUUCAGCCACGCACCAGGUGCAGCCCUGCCUCCCGCCCGCAGACGGCACGAUGCGUCCGCUCCACUGUUCUGUUUGUCCACCGGGGCCACCAUACCUUUCUUCACCGAGGGAAACGUGACUCCUGUACCCACUUCCUGUUCUCUCAUUCUCCCUCCAGAGUACAGCAGCUGGGACUACCCUCAUGAGCCCCCACCCACUUAUGAGGAAAGCUGCAGUAGCGCCAACUCCAGUUUCAACAGCAGGCAGUAGAGAAGAAGCAGGUGCUGAAGCAUCAUGACCACGCCCACCCACACCUGUCUGCACUCGCCUCUUGACAGAUCAGGACAAUCAGACACUCUGGGUGAAAGAGGAGGAUGGACAGUAACACCCCAAAGAUUGUUUUCUUUGUCCUCUAAUAAUUAAAAAAGGGACGAUAUCUUAUAUUGAAUAUAAGAAUUUUAAUUUCUCGUCAUGUCCCUGCAGGUCCUGUCAGACAGAUCGGGUGAAUAUCACUGUGCCUAAAAGAAGUGUUUUGGAUUGUAACACAGCAUUUGGAACAUUCAGUGAUUGGACUUUUUUCCUUCUUGGGGCAGGAUAAAAUCUGUUUUGUUUUGUCUUUUCAGUGAAAUAUUGCAUCUGUGAAGCUUUGAUAAUGAUUUCGGCCUGCUGAAGGCUCAAGUUUGACAAUAUCAAAUGUUGGCCUUUUUUGUGGUCUUGUUCCUGUUGGGCACAUGUUAUUGUGGUCCACUACUGUCUAUGUGUGUCUCAGCUGUCCUCAUCAACAGUAGGGCAGAUCUGUCUUCAUGCUGGAUAUCAAGAGGAGAGCUUACAGCCACAGGUCCUGGUCUGUGUAUAAAAUUAAAACCACUGCGUGUAAGGACUAUUUUCUUGAUUAUAUAAUUUUCAAAAAGCAAAGUCUAGUUUUUUGGGGGUUUUUUCCCCCAGAAUCUUGCACAUGGGGGCUUUAACGAGGAAUAAUGUCCUAGGGAAACUUCUCAGUUGUGUAACUUGAAACACAGGUAGCAGUAAAAAAAAAAAAAAAUUCAAAAUAUUUAUGCAACCACCAAAGAUUUUAUUUAUUUAAUUGUUUUAUUGACAUGAAUUAACCAAUUGGGAUAUUUACAUAUAUGUUUAAAAAAGUUUGUUUCUGUAUGAGAUCAUUCAUGUUGAGAAAAUGUAAAAUUCAGCACAUAGAAGAGCACAUGCACUGACAAGCUCUGGUUUUGAAAGUAAUAAAGUACUUUAAAAAUAUAGAUAUAUAUCAUCUCUGUGCCGCCACCUUGUGUUGACUCAUAUAACUGAGUGGUUCUGCUUUGAGACCAGUUUUGGAUUCAAGGGACAGUUUAUCUGCAUAUGAGGCUCAUUUUUUAUUUUUUCCUGCAGCUGGAUACAGUCUUUCUCUGCCCUCUUGUGGUCAUCACUGCCACAAGCUUUAUCUCAACUUGGUCGUGAAACUGGAAUCAUAAUCAACCAUGCAAACUGAAAUGCUUAACUGAGUCCCUGCUUCUGUAAUGCACUUACUGCAGCCUGCUGUAUAAUUUUACAUUUUCUUUUCUUUCACCUGUCUGUUGAGCAGAACUGACAAAUUGAGGUUCAGGGUACAGGUACAUGUUGUUUUGAGAUGUGAUGCAAGUGUUUUGCAUCGUCUUUUUUCAGUCUUGCCUUAAAUUUCUUUUAGUGUUACAGUAGUGAGAAGAUAAAUCCUCUGAAAUUUCCAUCGGUGCAGAUGAUAAUGAAAAUACAUGUGCACAAUACGGCACUUUUUGACGGUUCAGGUGCAUGGAUUUCUGUGACUGUGUACAUCUACUGUACAUGUGUGUAUGAUUUUGUGUCUGCUUAUGGCUUAUUUGAAAAAGAUGAUAACUUCAACUGUGGUCUGUUUUAACUCAUACUCAACAGUUUUCAAUUAUAUUCCUGAUUCAGUAUCUGAGUUACAUCAUCUGUUAGAGACAUUUUUCUUUGCCUAUGUACAAGGGCUCGGUGAUCUUUUCAGUUUUCGUUUCUGUGUAAUCAUAUCAAGAUAUGAUCUUAUCAUGCUGUCACUACAAAUUACUGUUGUCCGAACAAAAUUAGUUGGCGUAGGUUUUUGUAUUUGGACAGUUCAACGCUUUGAACAUCAGUGAGAUUAUUUUAUAUGUGAUUUUGCAUAAAUUUGUCUUCUAGUGUCUUAUAUAGAUAACAGAAAAUAUCCUUAUUUUUAUCAUGAUGAUUUCAACCAUAUCACCCAGGCCUAGUCCAACUGUGUUGUAAAAGCAUCAGCACAUAUUCAAUGUCACGUUGCUUUGGGAAACUAAAGCCACUGAAAAUCAUAAGCACAACUGCCGUACUGAAUCUUUGUGUGACUAUUGAUGUGUUUGUCUUAUUUUACCACAGUUAAGUACAAAUCUCCAGUCAAAGUCAAGUUAAGAUUCAAAUCUGUGAACUCAUAAAAAAAAAAAAAAAAAAAAUCUUAGUUCUGGUGUUUUCUCCUGACUGUAGAUUAUGUUGCCAAGUGUUUUCCAGAAUUUGUAUUUUAUUUUGUGAGAGACAUUUGAAAUUUCCACAGAUGAACUGCUUUUAUAGUCAGAAAUCUGACAGACACCCAAUAAUGUUAUACUGGCUCUACAUUAUUCUGAAUGCAUGCCUUAAACAGUCUGGAUUCCCCCACCCCUUGCUGGAGCCUGUGAUGGUCUCUCCUCUCUUCUGUCAGGGAGGACACCGGGAUGUGCUCCUGCAAACUCUCCCUGUCCUGCCUCCUGUGGACUGUGCUAAGUGCACUUGAUGUAUACAUGUAGCUUUUAAAAACAGCAAGGACGCUGGACCUUUGACCUGUUGAAGUUUGUUUUUUAUUCUUGUUUUACAAAAUAUGUGCAAUUCCGCUCAUCUUCAAGAACACUUCAGCAGCAGCUUGGUUCCCUGAAGUAAUUCCACACUGCCUUUACCAGUCCUGAUUCUGUUGAAUUCCUCUCCACCAAGCGGUACAAGAGCUUUACAGUAUGAAGCCCCACUUGUGCUGUAUUUUUAUUUUAUUCUCUCCACUUCACAUAUUGAUGAGUGGUGUCUGGUUUUGUAUUUUUCUACUUUUAAACUGUUUACAGGUGCAGUAUGCAGAUACUAAUGGUAGCACCUCAAUCAGUAAAUGUAAUAUUUCAACUUACAGUGCAGAAUCAAAGUUGUACUGUACAGUAUAACAAUAAAAUUAUGACACACGU